AUGGCUACAAAAUUCGACGCUGCGGCUUAUAAUUUUAGAAAAAAAUGCCCAUAUAUAAGAAAAGAUCUACUCCGAUGGUUUCCUGGGCACAUGAACAAGGGUCUGAAACAAAUGCAAAGAAAAUUGAGCAGUGUUGACUGUGUCAUUGAAGUCCAUGAUGCCAGGAUCCCUUUUUCUGGCCGUAAUCCUAUAUUUACAAACACUUUGACAGGGGCCAAACCUCAUAUUCUAGUUCUCAAUAAGAGAGAUUUAACUAUAAGCACGCUUAUACCAAGAAUAAAGGACCAAUUGAAAGCAGAGCAAAAUAUAGAGAAUGUUGUGUUUACAAAUAGUAAAGAUCAACACUGCCGAGGCCUGAAGACCCUUAGGCCUCGCCUGAUAGACGUGAUUAAAAGCUCUAAUAGAUACAAUAGAAGCGAAGAGUUAGAUUAUAGUGUAAUGAUUAUUGGAGUGCCAAAUGUUGGUAAAUCAUCACUGAUAAAUAUGCUCCGAUCAAAGAAUAUGCAUAUUAGGCACGCUUUGCCUGUAGGUGCUAUAGCUGGAGUCACAAGAAGUCUUAUGACCAAAAUGAGGAUUAAUAGUGACCCUGAUAUAUUUAUGUAUGAUACACCUGGUAUCUUAGAACCUUCAGUGACAGAUGUGGAGAUGGGUUUGAAGUUGGCCCUGUGUGCAUCUCUGCAGGAUCACUUAGUAGGAGAAGAGGCCAUAGCGGACUACCUAUUGUACUGGUUAAACAAACAUGCAAAGUUCAAGUAUGUCGACUACAUGGGCCUUGAAGAGCCUUGUGAUGAUAUCAAUAAGGGUUCCAUAGACAAGAAACCCUUAUAG